GGGGGAGUGGAGGAAGCUUUUGAAGCUCAAUCGACAACUCAAGCUCAAAAUCUAACUCGUAGAAUCUUCCAAGUCAAAGUCGGAUCACGACACAUGUCCUGGUUUCUUGGGCCGGUAUUCAUUUUUGAAGGUUGUGGGCAACAAUGAUCACGGCCAUUGAGUCAACAAUUUCAUAUGGGGCGACAGCGACGUCCUCCUUCACAAUAGUGCCCACGGAGUGCGACCCGUAUGCCUACCAGAGUGGAUGGGGCAACAGAUUUGCAUGCGAGGCUCUACCAGGGACAUUGCCUCAAGGCCGCAAUACACCACAACGGUGCAAGUAUGACCUUUUCUCCGAGCAACUGAAUGGCACACCAUUUGUCUCUGCGCGGGCGUCGCAGCUCCACGCAUGGUUUUAUCGAAUUCGACCAUCUGUGGCACAUGGCCCUCUGAGAAAGUCGCCGUUGAAUGGGAAAUUGGAGGCCAGAUUUUCAGCCUCCAACACAAAUACCCAAUACAUUCCCCAGGAUCACUCGUGGGGGCAAUUCUUGCUCCCUUCGGCCGCGGACUCUGUUGAUUUUGUCCAGGGGCUCCGGACAGUCGGUGGCCACGGGGAUGCCAUGACCAAAGACGGACUCGCGGUUCACGUAUACACCGCAAACCGGUCGAUGGAGAAGACGGCCUUCUGCAACAAUGACGGUGACUUUCUCAUCCUACCCCAGGAAGGGCGGCUGGACAUUCAAACCGAAUUUGGCAACAUGAUGGUCCGUCCGGGAGAGCUCGCCGUUAUUCCAGCGGGCAUCCGAUUCCGAGUCAGACUUCCCGACCACACCGCACGAGGCUAUAUCCAAGAGAUAUUCGGGUCUCAUUACGAACUACCGGAGCUUGGGCCGGUUGGAUCGAACGGCAUGGCGAUGCCCCGAGACUUCGAAUACCCCUUGGCCAGUUUUGAUGUCGACCAGACGGCAUGGACCAUCAUAUGCAAACUCGCGGGUCAGCUGUACGAAUAUGAACAGGAUCACACGCCGUUCGAUGUGGUCGCGUGGCACGGCAACUAUGCACCAUACAAGUACGCGAUGGAAAAGUUCAUCAACACGGCGACGGUGGACCGAGAACAAAGUGAUCCAUCGAUAUACUGUGUUUUGAUGGCGAAAUCCAGGACUCCGGGACUCGCGCUUACCGAAUUGCUGGUUUUCACCCCCAGAUGGAGUGUGCCGAGCAACACCUUCCGGCCGCCUUACUACCAUCGCAAUGUCUGCACCGAAUUGAUGGGAAUGAUUUACGGGACAUGGCACGGAUCGUCCACGGUAUUGGAACCAGGCGGGCUCACCUAUGAACCUUCCCUGAUGCCGCAUGGCGAGUCUUACGAGAGAUGGGCCGAAGCGACCAGCGGAGUGCUCGAGCCUGAGCGUGUGAAUGAGGGUGCAAUGGCUUUCAUGCUUCAUAUCCCGGGGCAUAUUUCAUUGACAAACUGGGCCCUCGAGAGCAGCGGCACCCUCCACGCGAUACAAGCAGACCUCUGGACUGGGUUUGAUGGAGGCUUCAUGGAGCAUACGGAGCAAGUGGACCAAGAAUUGGCCGCAUGUGGUCUUCCGGGACUGGCGAAGCCCAGUACAGGCCACGCUGCUCCCCCAAAAGCACCUUGACUUUAUUAUCGACGAUGAGCUCCAUGGACGGUGACGAGGAUACCAGCAUUUUUCGGAAC